AUGAAGGAAAAACGGAAAAUCAAAGAGCUUCAACUAUUGUCAGCAAUAGGAUUUGCAGGGAAAGUGGUGGGCGGGCUCCAUCAGCACAGGGACAGAGGUCUCAUAUACCCCGUGGGCGUGGGUGUGGGCGUGUGGGACCGAACGGCCGGGAGACACGCCCUCUUGCACUCCCAUAACCGCCCGAUCACCGCCCUGGCUAUCUCCAGGCGGGGCAACCUUAUCGUGUCGGCACAGGACAGCGAUCCCGGGUGUCAGGCGAAAGUCGUAAUAUGGGACUACAGAGAGCGUGUGGAGCUUGGGUCCUACAGCGUGCACCGGGAGGAGGUGGCCGCCGUGGCAGUGUCAGCCGGAGAGGAAAUCGUCGUCAGCCUCGGGGGGCCCCUGGACGGCUACCUGGUCGUCUGGCAUGUGGAGACCAAGAAGCCUCUCUGCAGUGUCGUCGCUGGUGACCCUGGCUUAGGUCUCACGACGCUCCUGUGCACCGCCCCCGUCACGCCCACCCUGAUGCUGGUGGGCGGCCAGAAGCUGCUGAGGGCGUGGACCUUGAAUAGCAGUAACAACAGACUAAUGCCCACGCCCAUUGCUGUCGGCCUACUUGAGAGAAAUUACACCUGUUUGCAGGUUGACGCAGCUGAGGAGCACCUUUACGCCUCCACCACCACGGGCGAUGUGGUCAAGAUCCGCCUCAACAUGGUGAACGGGAAGUCGGUUUCAGGAGGGGCGGUUCUAGUAGCAGUCAUGGCGCCCAAACCAACGCCCAUUCCUGGUGGCCCUAGGCUAUCUCGUGCGGCCACGCCAGGCAUCCAGAUCAUGGUGGUGUUACCCGGAGGUGACAUCAUCGUCGGGGAAAUGGGGGGCACGCUACGGGCGUAUCGGCAGCUGGAGAAGAAGUCUGAGGAUGGGCGGCCGAUCUGUGCCCCUCCGCCGCGCGCCCAUGGAACGGUCAAGUACACCCACCCGAAGGACCCGACGCAGCCACUCCUGUCGCAGAUAUGGUCAGUCGCCGUCGGAUCGACCAUCACGUCCCUGAGCCUGGUGGGUGACCUGCUGGUGGCGGGGACAGUGCAGUCGGAGAUGCACGAGAUGGUCCUGCCCGCCGCCGACGACUCCGGCGGCGGCGGGGCGAGAGGCUCGGCCAGGACUCCGAGGAUGAAGCCCGCCAGGAGACCUUCGGCAGAAACAAAGGCGAAUCGACACGCUGCGAGCAACGGAAGAGAGAAGAGAGGAGACAAGAAUAACACGAGGAGAGUCACCACAUUCGGACACAAUGGAGAAAGGGAUGUGGGGAUGAUUCCUCGUGUGGGAUCCACGCCUCCCGAGGUUCAUUUGCUGUCCACUUGUCAUCCGGACCCUCUACACGACGUGACUUUCCCGAGGGGUGUGGGCGACCUGGUGGUGAGCGCCGGCGUGGGUGGAAUUCGGGUCUGGAAUGUUCGGUCGCUGGACGAGAUGCUGCGAGUGUCUCUCCCUGGCUUAGUAUGCUGCUGUUGCUGCGUUACACAUACACUGCACACCAUUGUCACAGGGUGGAGUGAUGGGCGUCUGCGCGGACUCGGGGCUGAGAGUGGGCGUGUGGUGUGGACCGUGGACGACGCCCACCACGGCGGGGUCAAUACAAUCACGACGCUAAGCUCCGGCAAGGUCGUCUCGGGUGGGCGUGAUGGGCGGUCUGAGCACAAACCUGGACGCGAGAACGAAGUUGUAAUGGAAUGUUGUAAUUUGACGUAA